GCGCCUGUUGUGACAGGUCAUUGAAAUUGUGUAUGAGACUGUCAUUCAAAUGGAAGCGUAAUAGUUCUUCGGAGCCAUUAUGAUCUCAAAAGGAAAGGAGAAUGAUACACUGGCUGAGGUGUUUUGAGGUGCAUCGAAGUGUGCUGAGCCGUGGCUCACCUUAACAUGUUCUUGAAGUACCAUGGCGUGGAUUAAAAGGAAAUUUGGUGAGCGGCCCCAACCUAAACGACUCACCAGGGAAGCAAUGAGAAAUUAUCUAAAAGAGCGGGGUGAUCAAACAGUACUAAUCCUCCAUGCAAAAGUUGCACAGAAGUCUUAUGGAAAUGAAAAACGGUUUUUUUGUCCACCUCCUUGUGUGUAUCUUAUGGGCAGUGGAUGGAAGAAAAAAAAAGAGCAAAUGGAACGGGAUGGUUGUUCUGAACAAGAAUCUCAACCGUGCGCUUUUAUUGGAAUAGGAAAUAGUGACCAAGAAAUGCAGCAGCUGAACUUGGAAGGAAAGAAUUAUUGCACAGCCAAAACGUUGUACAUAUCAGAUUCAGACAAGCGAAAGCACUUCAUGUUAUCUGUAAAAAUGUUUUACGGCAAUAGCGAUGAUAUUGGGGUGUUUCUCAGCAAAAGGAUCAAAGUCAUCUCCAAGCCUUCUAAAAAGAAGCAGUCAUUGAAAAACGCUGACUUAUGCAUCGCAUCAGGGACAAAAGUGGCACUAUUUAAUCGACUUCGCUCCCAAACAGUAAGCACCAGAUAUUUGCAUGUAGAAGGAGGCAAUUUCCAUGCCAGCUCGCAACAAUGGGGCGCCUUUUACAUUCAUCUCUUGGAUGAUGAUGAAUCAGAAGGAGAAGAAUUCACGGUGCGAGAUGGCUACAUCCAUUAUGGACAAACAGUCAAACUUGUGUGUUCAGUUACAGGCAUGGCACUCCCAAGAUUGAUAAUUCGAAAAGUCGAUAAACAGACCGCGUUACUGGACGCAGAUGAUCCGGUGUCCCAGCUCCAUAAGUGUGCAUUUUACCUUAAGGAUACAGAAAGAAUGUACUUGUGCCUUUCCCAAGAGAGAAUAAUCCAGUUUCAAGCCACUCCAUGCCCCAAAGAACCAAAUAAAGAGAUGAUCAAUGAUGGAGCUUCUUGGACAAUCAUUAGUACGGAUAAGGCAGAAUACACAUUUUAUGAGGGGAUGGGACCUGUCCAUGCUCCAGUAACACCUGUGCCUGUGGUAGAAAGUCUUCAGUUGAAUGGCGGCGGGGAUGUAGCAAUGCUAGAACUUACAGGACAGAAUUUCACUCCAAAUUUACGUGUCUGGUUUGGGGAUGUGGAAGCCGAAACCAUGUACAGAUGCGCGGAGAGCAUGCUCUGUGUUGUCCCAGACAUUUCCGCAUUCCGAGAAGGUUGGAGAUGGGUCCGUCAGCCAGUUCAAGUCCCAGUAACUUUGGUCCGUAACGACGGGAUAAUCUAUUCCACCAGCCUUACCUUUACGUACACCCCGGAACCCGGGCCCCGGCCCCACUGCAGCGCGGCGGGCGCCAUCCUCCGAGCCAACUCGAGCCUCCUGGCCUCUAACGAACCGAACACGAACAGCGAGGGAAGUUACACAAACGUCAGCACAAACCCAACCAACGUCACAUCAUCCACAGCGACGGUAGUGUCCUAACUACCGUCGAGCGCGAGGACUCGGGCGGACUUCUGAGUGCUGCAGACGAGGAAAACGGAGCGGGCUUUUGCGGUUUUCUGGAGAAACGGUUUGCCAUCCUCGGUGACGAUACUCUUUGAACCCCGUUACCUGCAAGUGCUAAUUUGAAAAGCCGAAGCCACAAUAAAAAAAAAAAAAAAAUACAACGAAAAUGUAAAAAGACUCUAUUGAAAAUCUAUUUUUCAGCUGUUUUUUUUUUUUUUUUUGGUUUUUGGUUUUUGGUUUUUGGUUUUUUUUUUUAAAGGACAAGAAAUAGAAACGUGGCUGGGAUAAAAGUUAAGCAAACUAGAAAACAUGAACAUAACAUAGUUUUUACGGACCAAGGAACUUGUAUAAGCUUUAGUAAAAGGUACAUUUUCACCAUACCUUUUUUGUAUCACAGCAUAUAGUACACUUUUGUUACCAAAUAGUUUAUAUUUUUUUUUUUCCUCUGAGGUUUUGCUCCGAAGUAUAUUCAGGUUCCAGGCCUGGCCAUGCUUGUAUAAUCUAAUUACCAUACUCUUCCAGUUUAAAAAAAUAUAUAUUUUUGGUCUGUGGCUGGAACUGUUCCUUUUUUUAAACUGAAGUCUUGUGACUUUUUAUGAACUGAAAUUAUUUUGAUUUCAGCAAGUAGAACCUUGUAAAGGCCAGCAUAUUUUUUUUAAGAUUAUAUGAAGUCUGUGCAAAAGCUUUAAAAAAAGAUGCCUCUGCCUUGCCUCCAAUACAUGCAAUGUAUGUUAACUUAGUGGUCUAUUUUCAGUCAUUGUUGAUAGUUAUUUCUGUGUUUUCCUUUUUUAAAAAAUUGUAUUUAUAGUGGUAAUUCAAGAUGUUCUAACAUUUACGUGAAUUCAGAUGGGGCGGUUCCAACGGUCAUGUCGGACCGUCAAGUCACAGAAAAUGUUGGUGUUUGAAGGGUUUUUUUUUUUCUUUUUUAAAUUUCAAAUCAUUAACUCAUCAAUGUUUUCCAGGAGCUGUUCAGGUGUCCCGUCCCGUCCCGUCCCCCCCACCCUUUAUCUUGUACAUAACGUGUAUUACGUGUAAGUUAAACUUUGUUUUUCAAUGUGGAAUGUUCCCAAUGGCUUCAUUUGGCCUGUUUGGCGUGUGACAAAAGUAGCAGGAGAAGUAUUUGCUACCAGAGAGAUUGUUAGGUUGUGCCCCCUUCUUAUGUGAGGAGAGGAAUUCAACAAAAGCAUGUUUUUAUUGCCUUUACAUCUUUUCUUUAGUAGAUUAGGGCAAACCAUAGGUGUAAAUAAGAAAUAAGAAGAUGCUUUUGUUAGUUCAACUAAAGAAAGUAGCGGGAAUGCAGUACUUAGAAAUGGAUAGAUGAGAGAUUUUGAAACUACAACACAUCAUCUUCCCUGACACCACCCUUCCCAACUCCGCCCUCACAAGGACAGCACCCAUUCAGGUCCGGACUUGGUGGCAUUCAGCAGGUUUUUGUCUGCCUCGCACUCUGAACUUGCCAUUUUUUACAUCGUCUCCAUUCCCGUCCUUUACCUUGACUGCAUUUUUGGUUAAUGUCCUGGAAACGGCAGCAGAACCACUGGGAUACAUGGUCCCCGUACUCUGUGUUUGUGUGCGCGCGCGUGCGUGUGUGUGUUUCGGCUUGCAGAGCAUCGCCUGGUAAAUGCAGCCACCCUUCCUUAGAGUAAAAACUACCUCUGCAUCAUGGCAAGUCCUCACUGUCCCGUAACAAGAGCCGCAAGUACCUUGUGAAUGCCAACAAACCCCGGGUUUCUUGCAGCGAUCGUCACACGAAGCAGUGCUUUCGGUGGGGG